CUUCAGGGAAGCUGCACAGGCGAUCGGAUUCUCAUGGCCCUCCUGUUAAGCCCGGAACCUUGAGAAUGGAGAUAAAGCCAAAAUUUGUUUCGUAAAUCUUCUCGAUUUCUUGUGCUAUCAUUUCGGGCUAAUGUUGUUCACUUGCUCAAAUCAUCACAUUCAACCUCAUAUUCAAAUAAAUCAUGGGCUUAAAAGGAUACUGUGAAGUGGGUCAGUCUCUGGUUCGGAAAUGGAGGAGUUGGUCUCGCAAUCCGGUAUCUUUGUGGGUUCGGAGCUUACGAUCAAAUGCUGUUUUGGAAGCCAUUGCUAAAGCUUCGGAAGAGAGAGUUCCCAGUGUUGUGCUCUACAAUUACCCCUCUUUUUCUGGAGCUUACUCGGCUCUUUUUGCUCACCUCUUCCACACUUAUCAUAAUAUGCCAUGCCUUAUUUUGCCUUUCUCUUCUGCUGAGCCUCUCAGGGUUGAAGAUCUGAACAUUGAAGGCCUUGAGACGUGUUAUCUGCUUGACUUUCUUUGUCCAAAAGAGUUUCUUUUGAAACUUUCACAGCAAUUAGAAUGCAAGGUUGUUGGGUUUGAUCACCGGAAAUCAGUACUUCCAUGUAUUCCCGAUGUCAAUGAUUGCCCUGAGAAUCUCACUAUUCUUGUAAACCUUGAGAAGAGUAGCUCCAGUGCUGUUUAUGAAUACUUUUCUGCCAAACAUGGAGAUAUUACAGUUCCUGAUGGUGCGGCUCCACGUUUGCUGGACUCAAAAGUAAGAGACCGUGUGGAACUUGUUCUUAAAUAUAUUGAGGAUGGAGAUCUUCGUCGGUGGAGCUUGCCCAACAUCAGGGCCUUUAACUUUGGACUGGGUGAAUGGCGCUCAAGGUUCAAUUGCAUUGCUAAUCCAUAUAUGUAUGAGCAGUUGCUGGAGUUAACUGCUGAAGAUUUAAUUGCUAAAGGAAACUCACAUCUUUCAUUCCGCCAGAGUGCUGCAAAUAAAUUGCUGGGAAAAGUUUUCAGGGUUCGGCUGGGUAGAGGAUUUUAUGGAGAGUGUCUGGGAGUCAGGGCAGAUGAGAACUCAAAUUUAAGUGAUGAAAUCGGCAAGCUCCUGAGCGUAAAGAGUGCUGCUGCUGGUCUAAGGCCCAUAGGAGCUGUGAUAUUCAUGCAGCGGACUAAUCUUAAAAUGUGCCUGAGAAGCACUGAUAAUGCCACAGAUACGUCUGAAGUUGCAAAAGCAUAUGGUGGAGGAGGUUCCCCAAGUUCAAGCUCCUUCAUGAUAAGGAUGGAUGAGUAUAACCAAUGGAUUCGAUGAAUUCAAUAUCAUCUCAAGUACCAUUCAUAUGGAAAAAGAAGGAAGCGAUGAGGGAUACAUUGGAUUUUGAGAUGUGGAUUAACCCUUUGCUUGGAUGGGAAGAAAGAGAGAAAGAGCCAGGAAAAAGAAGAAACCCAGUGACGUUGUCGUCAUCUUCAUUCUGCCGUUGCUAGCAUCUUAAGCUCUGUUGCUUCUUUCCUCUACCCUCUGCACAGAACCCACUUCAUAACUGGCAAGCAGAUGUAGAACAACCAUUCGUGAUUUCGUGAUUCUGUGACUUCUGCUGGUUUGCCUCUCCAUUGUUAAGCUCUAUAGCUAUUUUCCUCUGCGACUUGAAGGAUGACAGGAAAAUGAAAUAUGCUUUCAGAUGCAGUAUUUUGUUUCUACCUGAUGUGGACAUUGUAAUGUCAGUAUAUUCUCACACUUUAUGGAUGAAGUCCAAAAAUUUCUUUUGUAAGCCGCAUUCCCUCAUGAAGAGUGAGAUAAGUGAGGAGUGGCCAUGGAGCCGGGGAAAGGUUCGGCUUGAGGGGAACAAUUUUUGUAGAUAUAUUUGGAAAAGCAGAAUCCAUAUUGUUUGUCAUA